AAGGAAGAAGCUACGAUGGUUCUCUUCAUAAUUUUGAGAAGAAGUCAGCCUACCUCAUUAGGUCAAUUCACACUAUUUCUCACAUGAACAUUUCUAUAUAUAGAGAGAGCCGCAUUGCAGAUUGAUAUACUAAACAAAUCACGUAUAAUUAACCAAAAACCAAACUCUCAGUUCACAUUCUAGAAAUGGCUUCGUCUUCCUCUUCAGCUGAAACCAAACUGGCAACAGCCAAGACAAUUCUAUCAACGGCAGCCUCUCUGGCUGCCACGGCAAUGUUAGUAAGGUCAAUCGCUCAAGAUUUUCUCCCCCCUGAAAUCCAACACUACUUCUUCUCUGGCAUCCGAAGCUUCUUUAGUCGAUUUUCGUCACAACUCACCAUGGUCAUAGAAGAGUUCGAUGGCCUUGUCAACAACCAGAUAUAUGAGGCAGCAGAAAUCUACUUGGGUGGCAAAGUCUCCCCGUCGACAAGAAGACUCAAAGUCAGCAAGCCCGAGAAAGAAAACAACUUCACCGUCGCCAUGGAAAGCAAUCAAGAUAUUGUGGACGUCUUUGGCGGAGUUAAAUUCACUUGGGUAUUGGUAUCCAGGCAAGUUGAAUCCCAGAACUUCCACAACCCUAGAGACCUCAACUCAACUUUGAGGUCAGAAGUGAGAUCCUUUGAGCUGAGCUUCCACAAGAAACAAAGAGACUUGGUGCUAAACUCUUACCUCCCACACAUUGUCAAAGAAUCAAAGUCCAUGAAGCAAGAAACGAAAACCCUAAAAAUCUUUACACUUCAAUCUGAGCACAUGUACUGCUACAACCUAGGCGACGCAUGGACUUCCACAAAUCUCGAUCACCCGGCAACCUUUGACACGCUGGCAUUGGACUCAGAGAUCAAGAACUUCAUUCUUCAAGAUCUUGAACGGUUCACAAGGAGGAAGGAUUAUUACAGAAAAGUUGGGAAGGCUUGGAAGAGAGGUUACUUGUUGUAUGGUCCACCGGGGACCGGGAAAUCUAGCUUGAUUGCUGCAAUGGCUAAUUACUUGAACUUCGAUAUCUAUGACUUGGAGCUCACUGCGUUGAGGUCCAACUCGGAGCUUAGGAGGUUGCUGAUUGCAAUGGCUAAUAGGUCGAUAUUGGUGGUGGAGGAUAUUGAUUGUACCAUUGAGUUGCAAGAUCGAAAGGCUGAGGAUAGACUCAAUACAGCUUCAGACCCAUAUGGGUCCCAUGAGAAACAGGUGACACUAUCAGGAUUGCUCAAUUUCAUCGAUGGCCUUUGGUCGAGUUGUGGCGAUGAGAGAAUUAUCGUGUUCACAACUAAUCACAAGAACAAGCUCGACCCUGCACUGGUGCGCCCUGGUCGCAUGGACGUUCAUGUUCACAUGUCCUAUUGUACCCCAUCUGGUUUUAGGCUUCUAGCUUCUAAUUACCUUGGAAUUAAGGAGCACAUUUUGUUUAGUGAGAUUGAAGAACAAAUUGAAGCCGUUCAAGUAACUCCGGCGGAAGUGGCUGAGCAGCUGAUCAAGAGCGACGAGCCUGAUGUUGCACUGCAAGGCCUGAUUGAAUUUUUCAAGGUGAAGAAAAAGGAAAAUGAGGAAGCUGAUGAGGCUAACAGGAAACAAGAACUAGAGGCUAAGGAAAAGGAAAGCAGGGUUUCUCAGGAAGCUAAGAGUGAGAUGAAGAGCAAGAAAGCAGAUAAUGAUGAAGAUAUUAACGAGAAAGUAGAUAAUUAAUUAAUGAUGAACGUUAGAUUUAUUUAAUUGUAGUAGUUGGAAAUCAAACCCUUAACUAAUUUCUUUGUGGUUGUCACUUCCAAAACACUGUUGAGUUCUUGUAAACUAUAUAUGAGCCCCUGUGAUGCUUUAUUUUAGUUUAAGUUUGUAUUGUCGUAUAGGGGGCCAAUAAUUAAGAAUUAUAUGUAACCAUGAUUGGAUGAGGUAACCAUGUUAUAUGUGUUCUGUCUUUAUCUGUGAUCAUAAACUUUGUUGGAGUUCGUAAUUUUAUUUGUGAA